UAAUAAUAAAACUUCCCAACUUCAAAAUCAGUACGUGAGGUCAUAGAUUCUCACCUCCUUUUCACCUUUUGUUUUCCUUAUUAUGCCAAAUUAGUUACAAACAUACAAUCACAUCAAAAUUUAUUUUGACUAAUAUGGUUAGUCCAUAAUAUACGUAACAAAUCAUAUAAAUACGAAACUUUCUCUAUUAAAAUUAUUUAACUUUUGCCUCUCUUUUCUCCUCGUGAAGGAAAAUUCUUUAGUCAUUUUUUCUCUCCUCGAGAAUUACGCAAACACAACAAAAACCCAGACAUUGAAAAGUAAAAAACAAAAACAGAGAAAGUGGGAGAUAGAAGAUGACGGCAUCAGGAGGAGGAUCAACGGCGGCGACGGGGAGGAUGCCGACGUGGAAGGAAAGAGAGAACAACAAGAAGAGAGAAAGAAGAAGAAGAGCAAUAGCAGCUAAAAUCUUCACCGGACUUAGAUCUCAAGGCAAUUAUAAACUUCCUAAACACUGUGACAACAAUGAAGUCCUCAAAGCUCUUUGUCUUGAAGCUGGUUGGAUCGUUCAUGAAGAUGGCACCACUUAUCGAAAGGGUUCUCGACCAACAGAAACAACAGUGCCGUGUUCGUCAAUCCAACUUAGUCCACAAUCAUCGGCCUUUCAAAGCCCAAUUCCUUCGUAUCAAGCUAGCCCUUCAUCGUCAUCUUACCCAAGUCCGACCCGGUUUGACCCGAAUCAAUCCUCGACUUAUCUCAUUCCCUAUCUCCAAAACCUAGCUUCGUCUGGAAACCUCGCUCCUCUACGAAUUUCCAAUAGUGCCCCUGUUACACCGCCGAUUUCUUCACCUAGAAGAUCAAAUCCGAGACUUCCGAGAUGGCAAAGCAGUAAUUUCCCAGUCUCAGCUCCGUCAAGCCCAACACGGCGUCUCCAUCACUACACAUCGAUUCCAGAAUGCGAUGAAUCGGAUGUUUCGACGGUUGAUUCUUGUCGAUGGGGAAAUUUCCAAUCGGUUAACGUUUCUCAGACAUGUCCUCCGUCGCCGACAUUUAACCUGGUCGGAAAAAGCGUUAGCUCCGUCGGAGUAGAUGUGUCGGUGAAGCCGUGGGAAGGUGAGAAGAUUCACGAUGUUGGUAUCGAUGACUUGGAGCUGACGCUAGGUCACAACACCAAAGGACGCGGCUAGGUUAAUAUCGUGGUUUAACUAUUUAGUCGGGUCCGGUACGAGAUUGGUUCCGGUUAAAUCGUAGCUAAUAGAUUGGUCUUUGUCUUCAUGACUAUUUUGUACAGUCAUUAUCAUUUAUCAAUGCUUCAUUUCACAAAAUCUAGUAUUUUUUUUUUUAUAUGUAAUGGUGGAUAAUGAAAAAUGCAAGUGUGUGAAAGUGAGAGUAACCACUCCCCAUGUGAUGAUGGGGUCAUGUGAAUGUGAUCUCUAACCACGCAUGAUUUUUCAAUGUGCCUAUCUAUAUAAACACACCAUUUUUAGUGGACCUGUAAUUUUGAUAUUAUCUUUUGAGAAAUUGAAUGAGAAACACACAAAAAAACUAUAUGAAUCUAUCGUUGCGUGACUUGAUCUUAUUGUUG